CCAAUAAGAAGCUCUUGGGAGGCAAAAGGAGGUGUCACCCUGCGCUCUCUGGGGGGCCCCAAAAGGCUUGUCCUGGAGGCAGCACUCAUCUCUUGGGAAACAGGCUCUGGUUUCCCUGCAACAGACGGAGGAUCUGGUAGAGAACUAGAGGGGCGAAGUGACAGAGGGGCCAAGAGCGCAGCAGGCCCCAGGGUUUCCUCCAGGCUGCAGUUCCAGCGGACGGCCGGGGACCUCUGAGCACCGCCAGGGACACCCCCAAGGUAGCAGAGGCGGGGUCGGAGGCUGCCCCUCGGAUUCAUACCCCAUCACCUGAGGGCCGGCGGGGCCAUGUCCACAGGCUCGGGCUCCGCAGACCUGCCCCGCUCCCUGGGGUCUCGGAAGAUCGCCCUGCGGAGCCUCAGCUGCCUCUCGGACCUGGACAGCAGUGCAGCCCCGGAGCGGCGGCCUUGCCGGCCCCCCGGGAUCCCCGGGCGCGCGCCUCCGCCGCCGUCCGUACCGUCAGGCUGCGACCCCAGCCUGCGACCCAUCAUCCUGCGGCGGGCGCACUCGCUUCCCAGCUCUCCCGAGCGCCGCCAGAAGGCUGCGGGCGCCCCCGGCACUGCGUGCCGUCCGGGCUGCAGUCGGAAGAACCGUGUGCGCUUCGCUGAUGCACUGGGCCUGGAGCUGGCGCAAGUCAAGGUGUUCAAUGCAGGCGACGACCCAUCCGUGCCACUGCACGUGCUGUCGCGGCUCGCCAUCAACUCAGAUCUCUGCUGCAGCAGCCAGGACCUGGAGUUCACCCUGCAGUGCCUGGUGCCCGACUUCCCGCCGCCCAUCGAAGCCGCAGACUUCGGCGAGCGCCUGGGGCGCCAGCUGGUGUGCCUGGAGCGCGUCACCUGCUCUGACCUAGGCGUCAGCGGCACUGUGCGCGUACGCAAUGUGGCCUUCGAGAAGCAGGUGGCGAUCCGCUACACCUUUUCUGAGUGGCGCAGCACGCACGAGGCGGUUGCCAGGUGGCGCGGGCCCGCAGGCUCCGAGGGCACCGAGGAUGUCUUCGCCUUUGGCUUCCCAGUGCCGCCCUUCCUGCUGGCGCUAGGCUCCCGCGUGCAUUUUGCUUUGCGCUACCGCGUGGCUGGUGCCGAGUACUGGGACAACAACAACGGCCGUGACUACAGCCUCACCUGCCGCAACCACGAGCUGCACAUGCCCCGUGGGGAGUGCGAGGAGAGCUGGAUCCACUUCAUCUGAGCAGCGGGCCUUGGCCGGCGCCUCUGCACCCGAGGCUCCUCUGCACCCCAGCUGCACCUGAGGCGCACCUGCGGUGACUUCCUAGCUGGGCUCAAGGAAGAGGCCGUGGCUCUAACCUAUACCCUGUCCCCAAACCUAAGUCUGACCUCAUGUCCUGCUGCAAGGUCCCCUGGCAGUGGCCAAGCUGUCAUCUACCUGAAACGUCCAAGUCACUUGGUGUAAAAAGUAGCCUCAGGUGGCCAGAAGGCAGAGUGUGUAACACUCUGGGGGGCCGUGCUGGGCAGUAGCUGCAUGAGAGUGACGGGCCCUGGGGCUGGGUUUUGGGGAAAGGCCUGCGUUGUCCUGCCAGCAAGGCCUGACGCUUUUGCUCUCGAAGUGCCUGGUCUCUGGGGACAUGGCUGUUAUUUAUUAUCAUUGUGACACUGGGACUCUGACUACUAAUGGAUGCCUUCUCGGGAAUAUUCUGGAUUUAAUAAGUUAAAAAAAAAGGGUCUUGUGUAUUUGUGCCCUAGUGAGAUCCGCAUCACAGUCCCUGGAGGCGUUCCUGCCCUGGGACAAGGAAAACUUGAGACCACGGGUGCUGCCAAUGCCUGGGGACCGCUCACGGUGGGGCACUAUUAAUAGGCAGGAAAUUUAUGCCUCAUCAGUCAUCACACAACCAUUCCGAGGCGUUCAGCCCGCCCUGGUCAGGCCGUGCGCCCCUGCAUCACAGCCGAGAUAGAGGGAGAAGCGUAAACCUUCAGACCAGCAAGACGGCCCCUUCUCUGCAGUGUCUCUUCUCACUCCGUGUAUUUCUCUUGCACAGGCUUGAUGACAGUGUAUCCGCAUGGCAUCAGGCCAUUCUCUUUCGGUUUGAAACUGCCUAAACGUGAUGAGAAACUCUGCCUUACGUUAUUCAAAUUUUCAGGGGACCCUAUAGAAUUUCAGGCAUCCGUGUCCUUUUCAAUUACCUUUUUAUGAUUAAGAUGACUUCUUGUGUCUCCUUAAGUGUCAGGGGGUCCCAGCCGGCACCUUUCAGCAGUUAGGGUACCAAGUAGAUGUGACUGUUUUCAGUAAUGGCCAGAGAGCACUAAGGAAAGAGAAAUCACAAAUAUUUAUUCUUUUUAAUUGUUUUAAAUUGCAUUUAUACAUGCCCGUUUUUUUCAACUACCUGCCAACUUUAUUUGUGACUUCAGAUCAGGGAGUUUCUAACACUGUCUGGAUUGGUCUCCUGGUUUUAAAGUGCUAAAUGCUUUUCUUUUGUUAAAAAAAAAAAUCUCCAACUGAGAAGUCAAGGCCGUGUCAUCUGCAGAGAGCUACAAUGACUUAGAACUCUCAGCAAGGGGCUGUGAUUUCUCUUGGUGCUGAGUGGUAGUUUUCUGACAGGUGAUGGCGCCGAAGUGGGAAAACCCAGCCCCAGGGACGAGGCCUCCAACUGGUGAAGUUCAGUGAUGAUACCGCUGAAGCCCGUGUAAAGUUUUGUGACAGCUGUCACCAAUGAAUUAACUCUAAAUUUUUCAAUGCUUGUUGACAUUUCUUAAAUCAGCAUGUGAGGGAUGUGUUUUGCCUUUUGACCAAGUUGUUUUUUACAGUGGCAACUUUUGUGUCUUUAGAAUUCCAAGGAGGAAGCUAUCUGAUCUGGAGGGAGUUCUUAAACCUUUUGAUUUAAGAACAUGGAAUUUUGAUUUCUAGUAUUGUGAUUAAGUUGAGCAGCCUUUGGCUGUUAGCUCAGGGCACUACAUUGAUAUGCAAGGGAGAGAGAAGCCUGGUUGCAUUUCCUGUUGUUUAACAAGCUGUCCAAUUGGGUCAGCAAGCCCGUGAGAGCCCUGGACGCUAUGCCCUUGGCCCCAACCCAGGGUGCAAGACAACUAUCCCGAGUAUUCACAUUCAGAGGUUAGAGCUGCCAAAUGUCCUGCUGUAUAAAGGCACACAGAGAAUCUUACAAUCCAUGUGAAAGUCACUUACCAGAAUGGUUCUGCUCAUGGGGCAUAAAUAUUGUAUCACCAGUAUUAAGAGAACCUCAGUGUGCCUUUAAAAAUAUCAACUUUUUAAAAUUUAAAAGCUUAAAUAUACUUGCCUAGUAUCAUCAAGUUCAGCUUAACAAGAACUUUCACACCCUAAAACACAGUUAUAUUGGUUAGAUGUUAACAUUUUGAAGUGGAAUGUGAAAAUUGUUGGGUUGUCUCCCCAGACACAUUUUAAUGUCUUGUCAUUUAAGAUGAUUUCAUCCAGGUCUAAAAUUAAAUUAUAUAUG